GGUAGUCAUCUUUUUUAAGUUCAUAUUGAUAACUAAUUUGUUUUUUGGUAUUGUAUUCAGCUUCUAGAAAGCUUUGUUAUCUAUGUGCUUUGAAAAAAAUGAAUCUGUUACAAUCUUGUGUUAUCUCUGGGUUUGUUCUAGCCUUCUAGGCAUGAAAGUGUUGCUUUUGAUGUAGAAAUCUAAAAAAAUUAUUAAAAGGAAAUAGAGCUCUUUGGGGACAAUGGCUAUUAUUUGUAAAUUGAAUUUUUGUGAGAAAUGUUGUGCCCAAUUUCUAUGACUUUCAAAGAGUCAAUAGUUAUUCCUUGAUCUAUAUCAUCCAUUUGGAAAUAUGUAGUGGGAUGCAUGGCAACUUGUAUCUUUUAGAGGUGAAGUGUUCAUCUUUUGGGAGAAUUUCUUCAAAAAUUGACAUAAAUCAAUACUAAAAAAUAUGUGAUAGGGUGUUUGGUUCUGAACAUUAUAUUUUAAUGGCUUAUGGGUUGUCUGAAUGUACCAUUCUUAUUCAAAUACUAAUGUUGUGCUAUGUUCCUACAAAACUUCCAAAAUAGUUAGCCAUUGUAUAAGAAUUUUAGCAGAGAAAGCAUAUUGCACAGAUAUCACUAGCACCAUCAACAACUGUAAAUAAUUAUCAAGAAAUUUUUUUUAGGCUGGCAACCAAAUAAUUAUUAGGUAGGAUCCAAAUUGAGGAAAAUACUUAAAACGAAACUAUGCAUUGGAUGGCAUUUGCUUCUAGGGGAUCCUACAUGUUCACUUUGUAUUUUGAUGUGAUUGGGGAAAGAUUCCGAGAGAUAGUGCUCCUUGGCAAUCACUUCAGUGGAAUCCCUAUAAAUUUUAACAGUAUUAUGGUAUCCAAGGGAUUUCUGGCUUGAAUUAAUUUUGGUGAAGUUGAAGCAAUUGUAGGGAGUGAGAUAUGUGGCAUAUGGGUCAUGAAGGAGUAUGGUUGCAUUGAGUCUUGGACUAAACAAGUUGUACUACCACUUCAUCAAGUUUCUCAGUUCUUUGGGUUUGUUAACAAUGACGAAAUUCUAAUUGACAGAUUUGGCAGGCUUGUGUCUUUAAACUCUUAGUAUCUAUAUGAGUACAAUCGGGUAUCAUAUAAGCCAACAUAGAUUUUGUAUACAACUACUUACAUAGAGAGUUUAGUUUUACUUCAUGGGGCAAAUGCAAAUUUUGUGAAUUUGGAGAAGAAAAGUCAUUUUUCGUAGCAUAUGAAAGUUAUUGGAAGAUUUUUUUCAGCCUAUUCAACAUGAAGCAAAUAAUUAUUUCUUGUACCCUUUGUUUCCUAUUGCUAUACGUUUGAAGUAUUCCUUUAUGUUUAGAUUGUUAUGCAUGUGACAAUCCCCAGCUCUUCAGCUUGGGAUAUAAUUAGACUUGAGCAUCCUCAUGUUCAGUGGUGGAAAUUGAUUUGGUUCCCAAACUCCAUUCCAAAACCUUCAUCCUUCAUUGGCUUUCUCUUAAGAGUAGGUUUUCUUCCUAUGAAUUUAGGCUUCUCUAUUGGGAGUAUAAGGGUUAUGUCCCUUGUGUUUUAUGCAUAAAUCAACUAGAGAACAGGGACCAUUUAUUAUUUCAAUUCCUUUUAUCUAAAAGAAUAUGGGUUCAUGUGAGGCAUUUGUGCCUUGGAAAUAACCCUUGCUUUUGUUCGAAUGAUGUUAUCCAAAUUCAAUGGUGUAUAAAUGAUAUGAAUGAUAGAGAGAUUUAAUAUCAGAACUCGAAAGCUGGCACUUUCUGCUGCUAUAUAUCAUAUAUAGUUGCAGACAAAUGCUUGCACUUACAAUGGUUCUAUUAAAUUCGAGGACGUGAUCUUGAAGACAAUUAAGUUGGAUAUCAAGGUCUGAGUUGAUUUCUGCGAGGAGUGAAGGCUUUGCCAGUCAGUAAGUUAAUUUGUGUUAAUUGGGAUGAUUCUGCCAAUGUAUUUGGUUCUUGUUUGUCCUGUGAAAGUUGUAAAAGGUUUUGCUUUGUUGUUGGUUAGUUCAGAUCUUUGUUUGUUGUUUCUUCCUCCGUUUCCUUGUUAGAAGUGUGGUUGGUGUGGUUUUAUUUUGUUUCCUGUUUGUUUUCCUCAGGCUUUAGGUUGUGCCUUCUGUACAAUAGUUAGUAGUCCUUGGCGGCUUGUUCAAUGAAUUAUUCAUUCCAAAAAAUUGAUUUAACACAAUUUCAUUUCAUUUGUGUUGUUGUGACUCAAAGUUGUGCAGAAAAAAUGGAUAUGCUUAAGCUCUUAGGCUGCAACCUGAUAAGUUUUCCAUUAGAUAAGGGUGGAAUAGAAAAUAAGUUGUACGCUUUAUAUAAUUGGUAGAGAUCGUGUUUUAGCUCCUUCAAAUUGGAAGUAAUUAUUGAAUUGCCUAAACCACUCCCCACCUCUAACUCUUAAGGAUGUCAAACUUGUAGUUGAAUGCCCUAAUUUUAUAUCAGUUUGGUGUUUGGAAUUUUCUUCCUUUUCUUUCUUUUGGGGUGAAUCCUCUGGUGAAAGUCAUGAUUUUUGGAACGCCUGGGUUCACAACAACAACUUACCUUUAAAAUAAAAUAAAAUGAAAGGACAUGCAAUUCAGAAAUCAAGAUCUGCCUCAGACGUUGAAGAUCAGACCUUUGAAAAAUCGUUACUGUAUCAUAUCAGAAACACUGAUGUCUCAGUCACCGUUGUUCCAGCUUCUACUGGACGACCUUGUAUACGAGAUCCUCACUUGGGUACCAGUGAAAUCCUUGAUCCGAUUUAGGUGUGUUUCCAAAUCUUGGUACUCCACAAUCACCAGCCACAAAUUCAUUAAGACUCACCUUGACCGAGCUAAAUCUUCAUCAAAUAACAACAAUGACUAUUUGUUAUAUAAAUCACAAAGAAUGUCAUCAUCCCCCAAUGAAUUGUGUACGAUUGUUCACAAUAGUGACCGCACUUCGUCUGAGAUUUCUAGGUUUCAAAUCCCCGAUUAUUUUGUUUAUAUAGUUGGCUUCUGUAACGGCAUGUUCCUCAGUGCUGAUGAUGACUAUGACCAUGGUCACGUAGUAUAUUUGUGGAACCCAAGCAUUAGAAAGUAUAAAAAGCUUCCACCAAGUCACUUCAUUCAUCCCUUUGGUCCCUCAGAUUAUUGUUUCACAUUUGGACUUGCCUAUCAUUAUCAAAACAAUGACUACAAGAUUCUAAAACUUAUUUAUGAAUACUCUCCUGGAGAAAAAGUGCCGCCAGCUGAGGCCGAGGUUUACACAUUGAGUACAGAUUCAUGGAGAAGGUUUGUAAUAUCUGUGGAGUCCUCAAGUGGGUCUAGACCCAUUGGAUCUGUUGAUUAUCUAAAUGAGUCCCGCCUUUUAUUUUUUAAUGGAGCUCUACACUCUAUAGCAUGUUCUGAGGACUACAAAUUUAUUUUGUCCUUUGACGUCAAUGAUGAGAGAUUCCGGGAGAUAUUGCUUCCUCAAAAUUACUUAGAUGGUGUUUCUCUACUUUUUGAAGCUCUUGCAGUGUUCAAGGGAUCACUCACAUUGUUUGUUUUUGGUGAAGCUCUAGCUGACAAGAGUAAUCUAUGCCACCUAUGGGUAAUGAAGAAGUAUGGUGUGGUUGAGUCUUGGACUAAAAAAUCUAUACAAGGGAAAGAAGCUGCAGAAUUCUUUGACUGCAUCGUUGACGGCACAGUCAAAGGGGAACGUUAUACGUUUUGGCCCUUUUGGAAGCUUUCAUUUGACCCUGAGAGUUUAAACAAGGAAAUUUUUAGAAUUCCAAAUGCUGGAUGUAUAAUUAAUGCAACUAAUUUUGUGGAAAGCUUAGUUUUACUUGAUGGGAUAAACAUCUCACAGGAAUGAGAAAAUUAGCAAGGUUGAAAUUCUA